UCUUUCCUCUUAGCAGCCGUUUCAUCUCUCUCUCUCUCUCUCUCUGGGUGAAGUUAUUUCUCCAAUCAUUACUUAUGCUUCCAAACAGAAAAGUUUUAGGAGAGUCGCCGGCGGCACCUCCGUCAUCGGAGUGGGGACCGUUCAGCGGAGCCGGUGACUUCGGAAAAAACAUGGGUAUCAUCAUCGCAGCCCUUCUUUUAGCCCUCGCACUCGGUUUCACCGCAGGAGCCCUAAUCCGCCGCCAUCUCCAUCGCCGGAACCGGCGCCGGCAUCCCGAUGCAUCUUUGGAGAAGCCGACUGCUGGGCAUUUAGCGGUGCUGCCGCCGGAGAGCAUCCCGGCGGUAGUGUUCUCCGCCGGAGAGGGUCUUCCCUCGGCGGGUCCGGCUGAGUGCGCUAUCUGCCUCCUGGAGUUUACCGAUGGCGACGCCGUUCGUAUACUGCCUAACUGCGGCCAUGGAUUCCAUGUCAGAUGCAUCGAUGUGUGGAUCUCAUCCCGGCAAUCAUGCCCUACUUGCCGUAAAAGUUGCUUGCCGCAGCCGGAGAGGUUAUCAACGGACGGGGUUUAGGGUUUUGAACGGUUGGGAAACGGCGAAUGGGAUGGGGGAAAUGGGAGACGAAGGCAUAUAGGGUAGCUCUGUUGUUUUAUUUUAUUAUUUUUUCCUUGGGAAUAUUGUAGAUGAUCUUACCUUAUUGUCUUGGGGAAAGGAUGAGUGCGGGUAGGUUUGCUGGUGGUGUAAAAGCAUGGGAUUAUUACUUGUGCC